AUGUCGGCAGUCGCUCGAGUCCCUUCGGAUGUCAACAGAUGCAGAGGUCAGUGCUACGACUACCCCACCUGCCCGGAUGUUGUGAAAGGCAAGUCCUGCUGAGCGUGUUCUGGAAUGGGGAUGGAGGAGGUUGCCUACGUGACCUGCACCUACAGGGAGACAUGCAUCGACCAACCUGAUUUCCUGGCCACCAUCGAUCUCAACCCCAGAUCUCCGUACUAUUGCCAGGUGAUCCACCGCCUGCCCAUGCCCAACCUCAAAGACGAGCUGCAUUCCUCGGGGUGGAGCACUGGCUGCACCUGCUUUGACAGUGUCACCACGAAAAGGACCAAGCUGAUUCUUCCCUGUCUGAUUUCUUCCCGCAUUUACGUGGUGGAUGUGGGCUCACAGUGCCGGGCUCCCAAGCUGUGUAAGAUGAUCGAGCCAGUGGAUGUCUUCUGGAAGUGCAACAAGGGAUACCUCAAUGUACCUCGCAGCCUGCCUAACGGCGACAUUCUGAUUGCCAACACGGGAGAUCCGUCUGGCAAUGGGAAAGGUGGAUUUAUUGUGCUGGAUGGAGAGACCUUUGAGCUGAAGGGGAACUGGGAAAACGAGUGUGAGGCCCCCCCGACUGGGUACGACUUCUGGUACCAGCCGCGCCACAAUGUGCUGAUCAGCUCUGCCGGAGCAGUCCCAAAACGUGCAGGGCGUGGAUUUUGUCCCAACGACUUGAAGAAAGGUGAGGGAAUACGGAUGCAAUGCAAGCGCGUGUACGGCGGCCCGUGCAAACUGCAGCUCAGCCUGGAUGGCAAGAGGCUGUACGUCACCAACUCCUUCUACAGCACGUGGGACAAGCAGUUCUACCCGAACAUGGUCAGGGAAGGCUCUGUCAUGCUGCAGAUUGAUGUGGACACUGAGAAGGGAGGCCUGACCGUGAACAAGAACUUCCUGGUGGACUUUGGAAAGGAACCCAACGGGCCUUGCCUUGCCCAUGCCAUCCACUUCCCCUGUGGGGAUGCCACCUCCGAUAUCUUGGCCUAG